CCAAAUCCUGCCCUUCCCUUCCCCAUCGCGACACUAGCGAUGGAUGGGGUCCGACAAACUCCACAGCGCUGAACGAGCAUGAAGAAGAGCCAAUCCGGUGCCCACUUGAAGCGUUGGAUUCCAAUUCAUUGUUCGGGGCUCCCCUCUUUCUGCUCUGCAAGCUGUACGCUGUAACCCGCCCACAACUUUCUCCCGCGCAUUGCGCCGCGACAGACAAUGCGAUUAUCGGACUAGAUCCGGCACCCGCCUGGGACCUGCUCCUUCUGGCAUGGUAUAUACCCCAUAAUGCCAUUGUCGCAUUGUCGCGAUUCGCAUCGUCGAGUCAUUAGCCUACUUGCCGAAGCUCCGCGCGAGUCGAGUCGCGAGGGGUUUGCCCGCCAUCGCAGUGCGCUUAUAAAACCCCGAAGAGCUGCGCUUUGAAAAUGUCGCCUCCGGUCGCUCUAUCAUUCCUCACUUCCACUGUUCGAGAUUCACCAAGAUGAAGCUCACUUCUCCCGUGGCCGCUGCGCUCCUCGGCCUCGCGCCUGAGCUUGGCUCUGCCCUUGUCACCCGCGAGUCUUCCACCCGCUGCUGCCGCGCCCUCUCCUCCAGCCCCAUCGGCGACAAAGUCGUCUACCCCGGCGACGCCGCCUACCACGACAGCGUAACCUCCUACUGGGCCGUCAACGUCCAGCUGGAACCAACCUGCAUUGUCCAACCAACCUGCGCCGAGGAUGUCUCCUCCAUCGUGCAGACCCUCACAAGCGCCGGCGGCGAGCAGGCCCCUUGCCAGUUCGCCGUGCGCUCGGGCGGCCAUAUGACCUGGGCGGGCGCGAAUAACAUCGAGCCUGGUGUGACGAUUGAUCUGUCCAUGAUGAAUAGUACUGUAUACCAGGAGGAUGCCAAGAUCGCGUCUAUUUUGCCUGGGUCGAGAUGGCAGGCGGUUUAUGAGUAUCUGGAGGGCCAUGGGGUGGCCGUUCCUGGUGGGCGCACUGGGCCUGUUGGUGUUGGUGGGUUCUUGCUUGGAGGCGGCAACUCGUUCCACGGCGCGCGCGUCGGCCUGGCCUGCGACAACGUCGUCAACUACGAAGUCGUGUUGGCCAGCGGGCGCAUCGUCAACGCCAACGCGGACGAAAACGUCGACCUGUUCAAGGCGCUCAAGGGCGGCUCGAGCAACUUUGGGAUUGUCACCAAGUACGACGUGAAGACGAUCGACAGCCCGGACAUGUGGGGCGGCCUCGUUGUGUUUGAGAACUCGACGACCGACCAGCAGAUCCCUGCGCUGGUCAAGUUUGUCGAUAACAUCGAGAACGACCCCUACGCGAGCUGGAUUGGCCUCUGGCAGUAUAGAUCGGUGACCGAGCAGACGACCAUCACCACCCCGUUGGAUUACACCAAGCCCGAGGCGUUCCCGGCGGCGUUUGAUGAUUUCUAUGCGAUUCCGAAUAUCUCGGAUUCGACUCGUUAUGCGACCGUUUUCAACCUGACGAGUGAGCUGCAGCAGGCGGAGGGAUACCGCGACGUCUUCCUCACAAGCAGCUACUACAACAGCGAAGACGUCCUCUACAAGAUGAUCGAGAUCCUCAACAGCAAGAUCGAAGAGGCCCGCCCCCUCGCGACCGGCGAGGACUGGUCGAUCAUGGUCAUCGUCCAGCCCUGGCCCAAGAUCCUCUGGCAGCGCAACGCCGAUAACGGCAUUGGAAAUGUGCUUGGGCUCGAUCGGUUCGAUGAGAAUAUGAUUCAAGUGCUGUACGACUACUCCUGGGACUCGGCCGCCGACGACGCGCUCUUCCACCGCCUGUGCGAGGAAGCCUUGGCUGAGCUCGACGAGUAUGCUAAGUCCAUCGACAUGUACAACGAGUACAUCUACCUCAACUAUGCGGACAAGACGCAGAACCCGCUGCGCGGGUACGGAGAGGAGAAUGUGCAGUUUAUCCGUGAGGUUGCAGAGAGGUAUGAUCCUGAGGGCGUCUUCCAACGACAGGUUCCGGGUGGGUUCAAGGUGUCCAAGGCGUAGAUGAGAUCGAUUGUGGAUGGGAGCGGGGAGGGGAGGGGAGGUGGAGAGGAGCUGGGAAUCAGGCAUGGAGGAGGAGAUCAGGGGCUCUUUAAUACUUUCGCCUGUAGACUAUUGUGCGAGCUGGACAAUAGCAUUUUGCCUUUCAUAGAGUUAAGUAUAGACAUUGUAAUCGACUCUCCAUUGUGUCCGCAUCUCAGCUCGGAUCUCCCCUUCAUUUCCUCAAUCGGGGCACCCAAGCAGCUCGAGCUUCAUAAUCU